AUGGUUUAUGGUGGAAAGAUCGUUGGAGGGGAGAAGACAUUUUGCAGAAAUGUAAAUGUACGUGCUGCACUUAAAAAUGCAAGAACAAAUUACAUUGCAGCUAAACUUGGUGUCAAACUUGCUGCUAUGAUAAUCAAGAAUUUGGGUGGAAAACUUAGUGAUCGGGAUAAACAGACAAGAGGAAAUCAUUUAGGUACGUUUAUAGGUAAUACUCAAGAAAUGGCCAAUAAGAGGUUAAAAAAUGUAGGAAGGGCUAUUAAUAACCGUGAUGGUGGCAACACAUCUUAA